AAUUCCGCCAGAGUCGAAUACGGGGAAAUACCGAUUCCUAUAGUUUAUGUUUUUUCAGGGAAUUUUAGAUUUGAAUUGUAACUCAAGACUCUGAUUUGUUUGGCAAAAGGUGUCUAAAAGGUAAAAAAGUUAAAUGCUAUAACUGAUAACCUAUUUUACGAAGAAGACAGAGAGUUUGGGCAUAAUGUCGAUUCCUGGUAAUAUGUAUAUAUAACAAUUUAUAUUCAUUUCAACGUGAAUCCCUCGCACGAAAGAAUGGAGGCUACCAAGAGUCAACCUUCUCAAAGGAAUGACGAGGCAUUAAACUAAAUUAAUAUAAACUGCAAUUACACUGAAAUUAAUAAAUGGACUUAAAUCAUGAUGACAAAGUCAUCACUUAUAUAAAGUCUAAAAAACCACAUAGUUGAUAAAGGUAUCAGAUGGCGACAAGAAGCGGAACUAACUAUUGUGUAUAAAUUUAUUCGACCGUCUCAAAUUGAACUAGAAUUGCUCGCUAUCAGGAACGGAAAGGAGGGCUUUUAGUAUAAGAUUGAUGAUAAAUACAAUAAUGGGAGAUUCUUUCCUGCACAAGUUGAUUGACACAGACGACGGUAACAAACAAUCAGGAAGCGGAACUAACUAUUGUGUAUAAAUACAUUCGACCGUCUGAAAUCAAACCAGAGUUGCUCGCCAUCAGGAACAGAAAGCAAGGUUUUUAUUGAGAUUGAUGAUAGAUACAAUACUGGGAGAUUCUUUCCUACACAAGUUGAUUGACACAGACGACGGUAACAAACACACAGGAUGCCUCCAACAUUACGACCACGCAGAGGUCAAAACAAGUCCAAAGAGACUAAACCAAAGGCAGCGAAACAAGAAAGGAAUCCUUGCAAAAAGAAAAGGAAGAAUGAAGCCAAAGACGUAGUGGACGGUCACCGCAGUUUUAACUCGACUGGAAAGAGAUUCAAAUUUUCUGAUAACGUAGACGGUGGUCCUGUGAAUUUUUAUCCUAUGAAAAGAAGAGGCCGUGUUUCUAUUAUAAAUAAUUAUGCUGGCGAUGAAGAUUUCAAUUAUCGGCGAGGAAGUGGUGCAGACGUUGGAAAACUUACGACUUGUUUUGAAACGCUUGGUUUCUUUGUUGGUGAGCCUCACAAUAAUCUUUCAUGUGAUGCUAUGAAAAAAAGAUUCAGUGAACUGGCAGGCCAAAACUGGGACACAUUCGACUGUAUCAUCAUAGUUGUAUUAUCCCACGGUUCUGGUGGUGUGAGCGAUGAUAGUUCUGAUGAUGCGCGCUGCGAUAGAAUCAUGGGCGUUGACGGUCAAUAUGUGGCUGUUGAUGAACUACUGUCACCAUUUAGGAGAUAUAAUCGUUCACUGGUCGAUAAGCCAAAAAUAUUCAUCUUUCAAACAUGCCGAGGGAAGAAAGUUAGUAUAGGAGUCAAAGAAUCAAAAACCUUCACAGAGUAUGGUCAAAUAGCGAGAAGCAUUGAAAGCAUAGAAGCUUCUCUUUUUUUUUCAACUUCGUGCAAGCCAUUUAGUCCGGCGGUAGGACUUCCAUACCAUCCAAAUAAACAAAGCAGCUCUGGUUAUCUUCCGCCCCAAGCCGACCACCUGAUAGCAUUCUCAACUUCCUCUGGUCACGUGGCUUACAGACAUCCCGAACAUGGUUCGUGGUAUAUUGAUGAAUUAACCAAGGCUCUUUCUGAAGAAUAUGGGAGUGAAGAAAGAGGAAAUCGGAAUCCUAGACAUUUGGUCGAUGUCAUCACGCGUGUGCAAGGAAUGGUUUCGAACAGGAUCGAAGAAAAAUUCAUAGUCCAGAUGCCAGAAUUCAGAAGUACUCUGCGUGGCCCUAUAUAUCUUUGAAAUUGUAAUGAAAAUCCUACGUAUUUUAUAGGAUUGCAUGGGUAUCUAAUAAUAAUAUUGAUGUAUAGAUGUGCAUGGCUAAUUGUUGUUGCUAUUAUUAUUUUACUAUUAUUAGUUUUUAAUCAACAAUGAUGAGUGGUCUUUGAGCGCAUCCAAAAAGACAAAGCUGUGUUAAGUAGGGGCGUGGUGACCGAGGGGUUAUAAGGCAUGUUUCCACA